AUGAUUUUUCCAAAAGAAACAGAAAAAAUUGAAAAAGUAACAGUUUCGCAACAGUUUGAAAAUAACGUCAUUAUCAAAAGGAAAAGAAAGCGUAGAUGGUUUUACUACUUUAUGUGUAUAACUAUUUCUUUUAUUAUUUCCAGGGUUCUUCUUAUUGUAUUUUCUGUGUCCAAUUUUGACUUCAAAAAUUAUGUUCUUUAUCAGGUUUCUUAUAACACUAAGAGGCCACAUUCUAUUUAUCUUGAGGCAGUGCACAACAGUGCUUUUUCACCUUUAAAUAUUCAAAUUCUUGAAGGAGUUGUCAGUUUGUAUUCUAGUACGCAAGAUUCUAAAAAUAGGGAAUUAAUGGCAGAAAUACAUAUUCCGCUUAUUGAUGUUGUAAAAUAUCAAACUUUACAAUUUAAAGGAGAUAUUGUAUGGAAGAAUAUUAGACCAAAAGCUAUUUAUAGUUGUUUAAAGCAUAAAAAAAAUAUUGGUGUACACUUUACUGGUAAUAUUUGGUUUAGAUUUUGUUAUGUUAAGUUUAAAAAGUCACAUUCUCAAGAUGUAACAUUUACGCAUCCUUUUUUUAGCAAGUCAACAGAAGAAAAAAAUGCACCAUUGAAUAUUAAGAAAGUUCAAUUUUAUAAUUUAAAUGAAACUGUUCAGAUUGAUGUAGAACUUGAGCUUUGUAAUAUUAUGAUUCCUAAAUUUCUUAAUGUAAAAUCUGAAGAGUUUACAUUGAAUUUUGAAGGGGAUUUACCAUUUCAGAUAACAUUUUAUGAACAAAGAAUUAAAGAUGGAAGGUUUUCUUUUCCUAUAAAUUUAAAAGUUAAUUUUCUAAAAAAGGAUUUUAACAUUUACAGGGCGGCGGUAUGGAAAUAUUUGCGUCGUGAUAGUCUUCUUUGGUCGUUAAGUGCAAUUGAUAUUCUACAUAAUUAUGACAAACAAUUUAUUGAUUCUUAUCUGAUAAAUAUAGGAGAUAGCUUUUGCGAUAAUACCGUAGCGAAAAGUAAAAGUAAGAAAAAAAUAGUUGAAUCUCCGCGUUUUUUAUUAAGAGAUGUAAGGGGGACAAAAAAUUAUUUAGAAGGGAUGAUUUAUAUUGAAACCUUUCUAUUUCCUUAUGUUAAUAUUAAUACUGCUUUUGAAUAUAAAAAUUGCUACAAGAAUUUUAUUAUCAAGAACGGUUCUACAGUUUUUGCUAAAAUUGGUUUUGAAGCCGUCAAUUCUAGAGAAUUUGUUAAGAUUAAGUUUAGACUGACAUUUCAAAAUUUUUCAGAAUUUGUUGAGUGUUUGUUUGUUGGGAAAGAAGCAAUUGUAUUGUUUGAUGAAACUACAGAUGGAUUUUUUGAAGGUUUAUAUCUAAAAUUAGAUGGAGCAGAAUUAUAUUUGAUUUCGGAAAGAGAUUAUAUUCUUUUGUACAAAAAGGGUUCCGUAAAUAAGCCUUUUCCAUUUAGUAUUAGUUUGGAUCAUCAAGUACAAGCACAGGACAACACUAUUGCUGUAAGUUCUAAGAUUAAUUUUAACAAAAGAAAUGAUUCUGAAUCAGAUCUUUUUUUGUCUUUAAUGGUGCCGGAUUUCAGCUUUGAAUUGCUUGGUGAUAAUGUGAGAUUUGAAGUAUAUGUAUUGUCAGCAGAGUUGGUUUUUUAUGGGAAUGGAAUGAUUGAUGGAAGUUUAUUAACAAGCAUGGAAAUCAAUAUAAACAAAAAUAUCAAAAAUUUCGUAGAAUUACAUGACAUGUUUUCAGAAGUUAUUGUUUUAAGAUUUUCUGAUUAUUGUAAAUGGAUUUUACCAAGAGCUGAUGAAAAUCAGAAGAAACUUGAAUUGUUUUCUUUACAAGAUUUAAGUGUGAGUUUAGAAAAAGUUGUUAGUUUUGAUCCGCCAAGGAUAGGAAUUAGGCUGUGUAAUACGUCAAGAUCGCCGAGCAAUAUGCAAGGCUUGUGUAUUUUUAAUCAUUUUAAACUUUUUAAAGGACCUUUUGUAAGACUUGUUUUUUCAGGGGCAGAAUAUGUUCGAAAUGAUCAUAUUAUAUUAUUAGAAGAUAUGUUUUUUGAUUUGAACUAUCAUAAUGGUGAUUUAAAAUUAUUUAUUGAUGAUUGUUUUUUUGGUGUCAGUCUCUUUUCUACUCAAGAAAUUAGUAUUUUAAUUUCAAAUUUAUUUAGAGCCGGGAUGGAUCAAAAUAUGUUAGGAAAUAUUGUAGGUCUUUUUUUAAACAAAGUUUUGGAUGCAAAAAAUGAUCAAAGUAAUAAUGUUAUUGAUUCUGCAAUGCUUUGUUGUAUUAAAGUCGAUUCAUUAGGGGACAGUGAUGCAUUGUCAACCAAUGUAACGUUAACAGUUGGCCUUAAAAAAGAAAUUUUAAGUUCUCUUAAAAUUGGACAGUUGAAUUUUACGAAUUUUGAUCUAAACUAUAUGAAUGAGUCAAAAAGAGGCAUUGCUUUUGUUUAUAUAGAAAAAGGAUAUAUUGAAAAUUAUGAUUGUAUUAUUGUUAAGCUACACUUAACUGACGGAUUUUUGGAUGAAAGCGACGGUGGUUUCUUAAUUGCUUGUUUUAACAAUAAAUACAAAAAAUGCAAGACUGAAGAUUCAGAAUGUGAGUUAACGAAGACUCAACUUUUGAAAAUUAUUAAUUCAUUUCUUACACCUUUAUUUGCUAAGGACAAAAAAGAAGAUCAUUCGUAUGUUCAACUAACAAAUAUUAUUCUUGAUGCUAGGGAAUCUACGAUUGAUUUAGGUGGUUUUGUUAAGGGUAAAAAUAUAAUUUUUGAAAUCGAAAAUUUCGGGUUAAGGGACUUUAUAAGAUACACUAUCAAUAAUCUUCUAUCUAAAUUAUUUUAUUGUCUUCCUAACAAAUUAUCUCUUAGUGUGAAUUCUGAGCAAAUAGAACUUUUAUCUUUUAAAAAUUUAGAAUUUGUUAAACCUGGGAAUAAGCCGUUUGGACCGCUUAGUGAUAUAUUAUCUUUUACUAUUUGUAAUGUUAAUUCAAAGCGCGAGUAUGAAAUGGUCGAUCCGAGUAUACAAAUAUAUGAAUCCGAGGCAAUUAAAAUCGUGCAAAAAAAAUAUAGUUUAUUGAAAAAAAGGUGGAUUGAAAUUGUUAGUAAAACGAGCUUUCAAGACAUUGUAGACAAAGCAAAAUUAAAAAAGUUUCUAAUUGAACAGAGUAAUUUAAAGGAUUUAGAUGAUUUAUGUUAUCAAAAAUUUGGUGUGGAAGAGAUUAGGAAACUUAAAAAGCAACUUUUUAAGCUUUUAUUUGUUGAAAAGGACACAUAUUCUUUAAUUUUAAAGGUUGAUUUAUAUUGUAGAACAGAUUCUUGUAAUUUUAAUCUGCAAAAAAUUCGUUUUUCUUCGCCGCUUAUAAACGUAUUAAUGAAAAUCAUUAAGCCUGCGUUGCCGAAAGCGAGAGGAAUACCGUUUAUUGGAGAUCCUAUUCCAAUAUCUUUUUUCGGUAUCUCAAAAAAAUUGGGAGUUAAUCUUUGCGUAAUUUCUCCGAGCGAUUUAAGAUGUAAAUUUAAAUGCCGAGAUUUGGUACUUCUCGACGACGCAACGAUACCAAGUUUCUGCACUUAUGACGGAUAUAUUAAUAUAUCAUGGAGUAAUAGUGUAAGUAUCCGCAUAAUACGUGCAUUUUCUUGUUUUUUUUCACAAGAAAGUCCUUUUGAAAUUACCUUAAGUAAUAAAAAACAAAAAAUACUUUACAAGAUUAAUGCUCAUUUUGAAGCAAUUAAAUUUUACGUCGCCGUGUUUAUUAAAGUAGUAGGUAAGGUAUUUGAUUUUACAACAUCUAUCAUUCAAGAUUCAAGUGCUGCAGCUUAUAAUUCGCUAUUGGGUCAAACUGUUAAAAAAUUGGUUGUUAGUUUAUAUUCAGGAUUUUCAAAUGGCUUUAAAUGGUUUUUCGAACUAUUUGGAAUUGCAAAAAGACAUCAAGAGUGCCAACGAGUGUAA